UGAAUUAGAGUGUCGAAAUUAGUGAAGAGUGUUUAAUUUUACUGUACUCUAAGGUUCUUGACGAUGUGCGCCGCAAUUUACUUUUGUUGUAUGAAUAUUUCGAAACUUUGAUGUAUUUAUCUUUUUGGUAAUAUGUUCGUUUACUUUGUGGUGGUUUAUGGGUUCUGAUUUUUUUUUACUGUAGAACAUUUCGUGUUAAUAAAUUUUCAAUGCUUACCUUUUAUAUGCACUGGAAACUGUAUUUGCUGGAAAGACUAUUAUUUUGCACAAUAUUUGGCAAUUAUACAUUCAUUUCAAUUAAGUUGGGGGAGGAUCUGUGAAAUAGAAGGAUUAUGGAUGUGAAGUCAUUGGCAAAAUCGAAAAGGGCUCAUUCUCAAAAUCACAGCAAAAAGCAUCAACUACAACAAUCAUCAAAAAAACCUUCAGUUGGUUCAGACAGCAUGAAGCAGACAGGAAGGCAAGCUAAAGGGAAAACCCCACAGCCUCAUGUCCCAAAACCACUCCCUUCAAAUUGGGAUAGAUAUGGUGAAAAUCUCGAUUUGGGUACUGAAGAAGCCCUGACUAGCUCCAGUCAACCGACCGAGUUUGUAUUGCCAAAAAGUAAAGGUGCAGAUUAUGCUCACUUAAUUUCGGAGGCAAAAGAUCAAUCUAGAUCAAGUCGGUCUAUGGAUGUUUCUCAUUUGUUUGGUGAUGUUAUUACUGACUUUACUCAGGAUUUUAGUCCAAUGCUUCUUUCGGCCAAGGGGCAAAGCUUGCUUUCAUGGGCUGACGAUGAUGAUUUCGAGUUGGAAGGGAAAACAAGCACCAGUUUUGAGACACCUUUUUUUUCGCUUGAUCUGAAAGCACUUUCUGAACAACUUGCGAAGGCAAAGCUGUCAGAGAGGUGUUUUCUAGAGCCAGAUCUAUUUCCUUCGGAGCUGUUGGACGAGUUACAAGCACACAAUGAAGACAAAUAUGAUCCUAAAACUCGUACAUCUUUAACUGAAACAAAAUCCAGAUUCUCAUCUUCUCUCCAUAACCAAGAAUUUAGUCAAAACCAUGGACCUUUAUCCUCCACCAUUACAUUGGCCAGAGAUCAUCAUCCUGUUCAAACCCCCGCACGAGCAUUGGAACCUUUGAAGCAAGAAAACAUUGGAAUCUUGCAGUCACAAGAUACACCGACGAGCAUUUUACGAGAAUCUGUUACAGAGGAGAUAUUUGCUUCCACUGCUAAAAGCCCAUCGAUAUUUGAGGCGGCAAGUGCAGAAGCAGAACUAUACUUGCUUUUAAGCUCUUUUGGGGAAACUAAGAUUGUUGAAUCAAAAGGUGGAAAUGUGAAUAACCAUGAGCAUGCAGUGAAAUCGGCUAAUAUUGAUAAUGAUAUUGAUAAACUGCUUGAGGAAACAUCUAAUUUGAAGAUUUUAGAUGGUGGACGGGGGUCAAAUGAGGUAAGUGCAAUCGCUGAUGCUAGAUCUUCCGCCUUGAAUGCUGACUCUAAGUCUAAACUUUUGGACGAUUUUGAUUCGUGGUUGGAUACAAUUUGAUUUUUCUGUGUUUAGAUGAUUUUGACUCAUGGUUAGAUACAAGUUGAUCUUGCUGUUGCUAGCUUGUUGUGAUGAUAUGAUAUAGGUUAUCGGUUAAUUUGUUAACCUCUGACAUUGUAAGUGUUGAUUUCUGUACUCUGUUCCACUUCAAUGUGUGGUAAAGUUUAGAAAGUGCUGAUGGCAANAAAAAAAAAAAAAAAAAAAGUGCUUUUUGUGAAACUUUAGAGUAUGUCUUGGGAGCAUUUCUAAUGCAUUGUUCUAUCAAGGAGAAUGACUAAUAAUG